AUGAGGGAUGUAUGGAAUUUACCAUCAGAGAGCAAGUUCUGGUAUACUGGUGAUGACUGGCUUCAAAAUCUGCUGGACAUGGAAAGCGAGGAAGGACGAACCAAAAUCCUGCUGAUCCUAUGGCGGAGCUGGCACCUGAGAGAAGACUGCCUUCGGAAUAACGGGAGGGAGUCGAUCGGCAGCUCAGUGCAGUUCUUGCAGAAUUACGAGGAGGAAUUAAGAGGUGCAGCGGGUUCCGAGGAGGGGCCUGGAAGCAAAGUCAAGGAAUAUGGGAGGGAAACCAGAGAGCAAAACACUGAAAUCGAUGCCAAUCAGUGGAAGCCACCAGGUCAAGGAACCGUCAAAAUCAAUACUGACGCUGCAUUCCUAGCGGGAACUGGAGAAAGCGCGGCCGGAGUGGUCGGACGGGACUCCCAAGGUCUUGUCCUCAUGUCCGUCUACAAAAAACUCCCCCGCUGCCAGAGUGCUGAGGAGGCCGAGGCACACGCCGCCCUUGUUGGAUUACAGGCAAUGGCUGGAGUGUAUAAGGGUCAGAUAAUCCUUGAAAUGGAUAAUCAAAACAUUGCAAAUGAACUGAUAUCCCAAGAACAGACAAGGUCACCUAAUUACGCUCUAAUCAUGGACAUAAGGAAUGCCAUGGCUGGUUUUGAGGCCUGCAAUGUCAGUUGCGUAAAGAGAUAG